AGCCUAUCUUCUCCAGCACAUACUUUGUGUGUCGUACUCCAGCGGGCAGGCGAGCUCGAGUGGAGAGAACUCCAAUGCCGGCUCACCCCAGCCAGCUCCCCAGGCCGCGGCCAUGGGAGGAGUGGAGGCUGCCGGGGGAGACCCGCUGCUCUGGGUGGUUUUGAAAUAGCGAGGAAGUUGAUCUGGGCUGCCGACCAAGGAGCGAGAGGGAGAGAGGAAAGGGGGAGCCAGGAGGAGCCAGGAUCAUGCACUCGGCUCGUUGAAGCCCAGCAGGCCAGACGGGGAUGCCUGUGAAGAGAGGCGACCCCUGUGCAGAGUGCUAAGGGGGAGUACGUGUUGGCAGGGAGGGGGCUGUGGGGUCUUUCCCAUCGAGGGGUUGACCAGCCUCCCUCUCCCCAGAACCCGCUUGCUUGGACUCAGCAGCAGCUUCUGGACCCUCCGUGCCCCUGGCGAGAGGACCAUGAAAGGGGGAAGAUCUCUGAUAUUAGGGGGCCCUUCAAGCUACUGGCAAAGGCAAAACAAAGUCUAAUGGCUAGGAGUCGAAGCUAAGGCCAAUUCAAGGAAGAAGACCUCAUUGGAGAGGACGACGACAUGCCAUCCUUCAGAUACAGACCAGACGGCAGGACACGGACCAACUGCAGCCGGUGCCAGAAGAACCUGUCGCUCCAGACCUCCGUCAAAGGGCUGUACAUCUUCUGCGUCUUACUGAUCAUCGCCGUGAUGGUGCUGGCGUCCCUGGUCUUUAAGAAGGUCAAUUCUAUAGCUGAUGACAUCAGCUUGGCCCAGACUUACUAUGAGAAGAAGAUCGUGUCUGUCCAGGAGAACCUCCAGGAGCUCGAUCAGAAAUCCUCGGGGAACUGCUCCUUCUGCCAUGACACAGGGCAGCUGGGGCAGGAAAUAAGCAAGUUGCAGGAAGAACUGGAGGAGAUUCAAAAGAUGCUCUUGGUCCAGGAGAUCCUGCUGGACCGGACCUCGCAGAGGUACCAGCAGCUCUCAUCCACCAGCAGCAAGAUCAGCAGUGAGAUGGAUGGCUGCUCAUUCUCCAUCCAGCAGGUCAACCAGACCUUGGGACAUUUCCUAGCCCAGGUGACAGGCUGGCAGGCGGCCACCUCGGCACUGGAUGACUCCCUAAAGGGGCUGCUGCAGGAGCGGUACGACGUCAAGGCGGUGGUGGAGCAGAUGAACUUCACGGUGGGGCAGACCUCGGAGUGGACCCAUACCAUCCAGCGGAAGACAGACGAGGAGACACUGACUCUGCAGAAGAUGGUGACCGAGUGGCAGAACUACACCCGGCUCUUCGGGAACCUGAGGGCCACCUCCUCCAAGACCAGCGAGCUGGUCAAGAGCAUCCAGGCCAGCAUGAGCUUGGCCUCUCAGAGGAUCAGCCAGAACUCAGAAGGCAUGCAUGACCUGGUGCUGCAGGUGAUGGGGCUCCAGCUGCAGCUGGAUAAUAUCUCCUCCUUCCUGGACGACCACGAGGAGAACAUGCACGACCUGCAGUACCACACCAGGUACACGCAGAACCGGACGGCAGAGCAGUUUGAGACCCUGGAGGGGCGCAUGACCUCGCACGAGAUCGAGAUCAGCACCAUCUUCACCAACAUCAAUGCCACGGACAGCCACGUGCACAGCAUGCUCAAGUACCUGGACGACGUGCGGCUCUCCUGCACCUUGGGCUUCCACUCCCACGCUGAGGAGCUGUAUUACCUGAACAAGUCUGUCAGCCUGAUGCUGGGCACCACGGACCUGCUGCGGGAGCGGUUCAGCCUGCUCAGCGCCCGGCUGGACUUUGACAUCCAGAACCUGUCCAUGAUCAUGGAGGAAAUGAAAGUGGUGGACGUGAGGCACGGGGAGAUCCUGCGCAACGUCACCAUCUUGCGAGGUGUGCCUGGCCUCCCUGGACCCAGAGGACUCAAAGGCGACAUGGGAGCGAAGGGACCCACAGGAAGCAAGGGGGAGAAGGGUGACACCGGGGGCCUGGGCUCUCCCGGCCUGCAGGGCUCCAGAGGACCUCCAGGCAUCCCAGGCCCUCAAGGCGAGAGGGGACCGAUCGGCGUGAAAGGUGUGCCGGGCUUUAAAGGCACUAAGGGCAGCUUUGGGCAAGCUGGGCUCAAAGGACAAAUGGGCCUGAAAGGCGACAUAGGCCCUCAGGGGCCGGAGGGAGCUCCGGGGCCGGUGGGGCCAGCAGGGCCGCAAGGGAAGCCAGGGAUCCCAGGGAAGCCAGGGUCUCCAGGCCAGCUUGGCCCACCAGGUCCGAAGGGAGACCCUGGCGUGCGUGGGCCCCCAGGCUUACCAGGGCCACCGGGUGUCUAAGCCAGCCCCACCCGCACCCCUGCCCUACGGGAUGCUGGCCCAGCUGGAAUGGGGAGGGGAGGUCUCUGCAGUGCUGACUGAACGUGUCAGCUGGCCGGAGGUGCAUCCCAAGGCCUGUCACUAGCAUCCCCCUGGGAGAUUCAGCUGGCGAUCCCAGCAGGGAGUCCAACCCCCCGCACCCCUCCCGGGACAUCCUGCCUGAGCAGAGCGGCUGGGAUCCCCGCUCGCUGUUAGGACCUGGAUCCACGCUGACCUGCACAGCACCCCCAGCAGGCAGCCCUCCCUUGUUCGUUCACACGCUCUCAGAGUCAGCCAAGGGCAGCACAGCCCAUUGGAUGGGAAACCAGAGCUGUCCACGUUCUGCCCUUCCCUUUCCGAGAUCCUGCUUAUACCUGUUUGACCCAGACAUGCAGGGCUGUUUGAAAGGCAAAGAGCUAAAACUCUGUGUGUCAACGGGAAUGUGUGUGAGAGAGACUGUGCUAGGCCUUGCCAAGAACGCCCUGGGCUUUGCCCUACAGCUGGGCACAAGCAGGCCUACCACGUCUCUCUUUCCCUGGCAGAGCCUGGGGAUUUUGCUGCCUGGCACAGACUGACGUGCCUCCGGUCGCUUCAUUGCCUUGGUUUCCAUCAUCCACUUCAUUCCCUGCAUCCUCUGCUCCAGCCCUCGCUCACUGCAAGUGGGUCUGGGCACCACGCUCUCGUGCCACACCUGCUCGGGGCUGUCUCUGUGUAUUCGGACACAUUGAUUCUCCCUCCUGGCCAA